CGGCCUGCCUGGAAGUUUCUAACUCUGGGUCAGGUGUGCUUAGGUUCCGCAGCAGGGGCACUGUCUUUCUGAGCCCUGGCAGCCACACUGCUCAGCAUAAAUGCUUUAAAGUGUCAAUAAUUUAUGUAUAGAGAGAAGUAUGACUGAAUUACAGCUUAAAGAGCUUUCACAUUCAGGUCUCUACAGGAGAAGACGAGAUCGCCCUGAUAGUUUGAGACUAACUGGGUUACCGGAGGAAGGGCUAAGUAACAUGGCCAAUGCCCUGGCCAAUGCCACUUGUGAGCGCUGCAGGGGGGGUUUUGCACCCGCCGAGAAGAUUGUGAACAGUAAUGGCGAGCUGUACCACGAGCAGUGUUUUGUAUGUGCUCAGUGCUUCCAGCAGUUCCCGGAAGGACUUUUCUAUGAGUUUGAAGGGAGGAAGUACUGUGAACAUGAUUUUCAGAUGCUCUUUGCACCCUGCUGCCAUCAGUGUGGUGAAUUCAUCAUUGGCCGAGUUAUCAAAGCCAUGAAUAAUAGCUGGCAUCCUGAGUGCUUCUGCUGUGACCUCUGCCAGGAAGUCCUGGCAGAUAUCGGGUUUGUCAAGAAUGCUGGAAGGCAUCUGUGUCGCCCCUGUCAUAAUCGUGAGAAAGCCAGGGGCCUUGGAAAAUACAUUUGCCAGAAAUGCCACGCCAUCAUUGACGAGCAGCCUCUGAUAUUCAAGAACGACCCUUACCAUCCAGACCACUUCAACUGUGCCAACUGCGGGAAGGAGCUGACUGCUGAUGCCCGGGAGCUGAAAGGAGAACUGUAUUGCUUGCCAUGCCAUGAUAAAAUGGGGGUCCCCAUCUGUGGUGCUUGUCGGCGGCCCAUUGAAGGGCGUGUGGUAAAUGCCAUGGGCAAACAGUGGCAUGUGGAGCAUUUUGUUUGUGCCAAGUGUGAAAAACCCUUUCUUGGACAUCGCCAUUAUGAAAGGAAGGGCCUUGCAUAUUGUGAAACCCACUAUAACCAGCUAUUUGGUGAUGUUUGUUUCCACUGCAACCGUGUUAUAGAAGGUGAUGUGGUCUCCGCUCUUAACAAGGCCUGGUGUGUGAACUGUUUUGCCUGUUCUACCUGCAAUACUAAAUUAACACUCAAGAAUAAAUUUGUGGAGUUUGAUAUGAAGCCAGUCUGUAAAAAGUGCUAUGAGAAAUUUCCAUUGGAGCUGAAGAAAAGACUUAAGAAACUAGCUGAGACCUUAGGAAGGAAAUAACUUCCUUUGUUUUAUUUUUUUUCUCUUUUCUGCAAAGAUAAGAAAGUAACAAUGUUAUUGACCUGAUCCAUCCUUAUUUAAAUUUGUCCCUCAAAGCAGUUGAGUGAAGAGGACCUAGAUGAACAUUUUCUUCAUCUCCUUUGUCUCAUUAAAAAAGAAAAAAGUUUGUGAUCAUAUUUAAAACACAGAUGAAAUAAAGAUUUGCCUUUGUCAAUAACCCUUUUCAAUUUACUAAAAUGUAGACUAUACUUAAUAGCAAAAACCAUAUGGUUAAAUGUUAAAUUUUAAUUUAGGUCCCAAAAUGAAAGUAAGGAGUCACCUUUUACAUGACUCAGAUUAAAAAAUAUAAACAUUAUUUUACUUUGUACUAAAAAGAAAGUUAAUUUCAACUGCUUUUAGGGAGGAUAUAGGAAGAAAAAUAACCAAGAAAAAUCUUAUGGAAUUUUAGUAUGCUUAUCAAACUGGUACCUAUAAAAUGAAUAUACACAUUACUAACACAAAACAAGUGUAUUCAGAACUACUUGGACUUUUUGUUGUUGUUAAAUGCAAUAAUUAUGCUUAGUUUUUUAAAAUUAUGCUUAGCUUUAUAUAUUAUUCUCCUUGUGAACUUCUCCCUUCAUACAAUUAACAGUAGUUAUAGCUGGCUAAAUAGUUCGCCUUUUUAAAUUUUGUGCAAAAAAUUUUAUCCUCUGUAUUUGAAAAUACAAUAUACUUUGCAGUAUUGGAAAAUGGAAGUUUUUUUAUGUUGUAAUUACAAUAGUUAUGCUUCUAAGCUUAAUAUCAAAGAUGUAGUCCUAGACUAGGACAUGAAAUUAAAUUUUAUGUAGCUUGAAAUGUAUCACUUAAAAAAAAGUGAAUGUAUUUGGUCAUAUUGCCUUUAUAACCACGUUUUAGUCAUAUUGCCUUUAUAACCAAGUUAAUAUCUAUGCUUUGUACAUAAACUUGCCCUGCCUUAGAAAAACACACACUAAUCAGGAAUUCUAGCUGUUCCGUAUAGUACUAACUAAAAACAAGUGUAUUGGUUGAGAUUUAUAAACUCAGAAUCAUUUACCACAUUAUGAUUAUAUGUUUAAAAUUCGUUUUCUCCCUUUUUGGGAAACACAUUAAAAUUAAUUUCUGCCAUCUUAUUAGAAGAGAAUCAUGUUGAUACGUGUUUCAAGUUUUUCAUUUCAGAUCUCACAAUUAUUUGAUUUUAUUUGCUUUAAGUAAGAUAUAUAAAUUGCACUUAAAUUAGAAGAGGGAUGUUUAGGUGUCAAUUUUAAGUCAAAAGUAGUGAGUUAUUCUAUUUCAUAAAAGGUUUUAUUCUGAAGUUUCUGGACCAUUCUUUCUUGAUAAACUUGUAUGCAAAGCAUUUAGUUGUGAACAUUAUUUACAUGUUUCUCUUGUGUUAUCAUUUAAAAGAAAAGUGCCAAGAUGGACUUCUAAGGGGAAAGUUAUUGUUUUUUACAAAAAUUGCUAAAAUACUGCUUUGCCAUUAAAAAUAUCGCCUCACAAUGCUACCACUCUGCCAUUAAAAUAUUUGUAUUGAAAAGUUUGUGUAUGCAUGUUACAGGGCAAAUUCAAUUUCAGGUUUCAGAUAACUUAUAACCAAUAACUUAUUUUUAGUAUUCUUCUAGAGUUCAAAGAAUUACAAAUGAUUGAAAAUAAUUAAAUAUAUAGUUUAAGACUGCAUGUGUUCAGAAGUUUAAAAGUCUUUGCAUUUGACAGUAAGAAUCAAAAUCUCUUCAGUGUGCCUUGUCAGCUGAUUUAUGACCAGCAAUGAAAACCUUGAAGGUAUUUAUUAAUAUAUAUACUAUGGAUAGAGGUAAAAGAGUACGUACAGGGUUUGCAGUGUAGAGUCUUGAUGCUAAAUUCUAAAAAUAUGCCUACACCAGAAAUACAGAGCAGAAAAGCAAACAAUUAACUAGAUUCUUUUUCUUUUCACCUAUAUUCUGAAUCCCUGUGAAGGCGUGUGCCCUGGGCUGGGCUGCUUUGUUUACACACCUAUGUGGCCGCCUGCCCUGCAGCCAGAGGUCCCAGUGCUGUUUUGACUCCUUCUUUUAAAGCAUGAAUUAAUAUUUUCUGGAAGUUCAACUUAUUAGGGUAUUUUAUCUAGAUACAGUACUUUCUUCCCUUAUAGGGCUAUCAUUGGAGCUCUUAAAGGUGAGAAAGGAAGAAAAAGUUGAAAAGUUGUAUUGGAAUAGAAGACAAAUUUGGUGUAGUUCAUAAUAUUUUUUGUGAAGCUUUUUCUAUCUAGCUGUGAAAAAACUCAGGCUAGUAAGCAUUUCUUUGUUUAAAGUCCAGCAAGGCAGUUUUAACUUCCAGUUAAAAUUCAUUGUUGUUACCAAAUUUCUAAGUGCUUUUUUUUUUUUCUUUUUCUUUUUUUGCCAAGCCUGAUAUAAUUGGGGGAAAAUGCCUGGAUACAAAUUAAACAUUCUUUGGGUCAAGUUCAAAGCCUUAUUAACACUGCACCUGAAAUCAUAGGUCAUUUUUCCUCACUUACUUCCAAAAUAGCCAUUUCUAAGUUCAGGAAAUUUCAAGGUAGGCUUACAGAAUUCUUAUUGUAUUUCAUUUUAGAUUGUACGCUCAAUGGCAGGGACACUAUAUUGCUAAUUCUGUUUUUAUAUAGCAACCUUUGCAAUAUACUCUUGGUACCUAAUAAAUGUUCAUAAUUAUUAACAAUAA